UUACGAUAAAUUACACACAUGUGACUCGUCCCUCCAUAAAAGGAAGAAAAGUUUAGUACAUCCGAGCCAAGUCAGUAGUAGGCGUUUGUCAAGCCAGUUCAUUUUUAAUGUUCCAUAGCUUGUUCCGUUUAUGAAAGCGCACGAAGUCGGUAAUGCGCUGAAGCUUUAGCAUGUCUGUGAUCCCUCUUUGUGGGAAGCGAUCUUUUGCAGAAAUGAACGCGUCUGCCUAUGCCUGCACACCAUGCGGGAAAACGUUCACGGGGCCAGAGCCGUACAACCAACACAUAGCGUCGGAGAAGCACAAGAAAAAAAUUCAAAGUGGGCCUGUCUUCCUGUCGAGCCUUGUGUGCGAGCCAUGCCAGAUGAGCUUCACGGGACCUGCUCCAAUGCGAGAUCAUAUGGCGAGUCCGAGCCAUGCCAAAGCCAUGGCAAAGCACCAGGUAUUGAGGGGGCAGGCGCUGCUGACUUCAGCGGUGGAGACAACGUCCAUCAGGCUAGCCAGUUCGAGUGGCAACAAAAGCAGUUACCUGCAGUGUGAGGUAUGCAAAAUCCCAAGUUUUCCAUGCGCCAAGGAUGCCUUUGACCACUACGAGUCGGACGAGCACAGGAACCGCAAGCAAGCUGUGCAGUUAGGCAUCGAACCGUCAACUUACCGCCCCGUCGGAUUUGUCCAGUCCCCCGCCGUUAACACUCAAAUGGUCGAAAUACCAACGAAAUUACCCACAUCAGUGCUUGUCUGCAAAGCAGAGGAAAGCUUUGAGGAUUUCUGUAGGAGAAGUAACCUCCUGUUUCUCGUGUAAUGUUACACCAAGCAAAAGCUGAGGUCAGCUGGCUCAUUCCAUUGGUUUUCUCUUUUUUUGUCUGUUUUUGUGGGGCAGACUUCGACACAUAGCCGUUUUACCUCACUGCCACUUGGGCAAUGAACCUGUCGUUGGACUCAACAAGCGUUGCUUAAAUGUGGUACGAGUGCAUGUGAGUGGUAAAGUAUAUAUAAUGUGUACAGGUUGUUUGUUAUGUACCCAGGACUCACUUGGCACUGACAAAGUUGUACGUCAUCGUUAGUUCACGCUGUCUCUGUCAUUUGGGCUUGUAACACUGAAGAUGUUAUGAAUAAUUAUGCAAAGUUGUUUUAUUAGGAUAGAUCAGUUUUUGUUUACUUUGUUCAAGCUUCGGAAAGGGGCAUCUACAGCGACAUUUUCAUUGAGUUUUGAAUAAAAAUUACAUUUACCAAAUUA